CGAGACGGUCCGAAGAAGGCCAAACAGAGGCAGCGUCCAGGUGGCAGCCAGAGAGCCAGUGACAACACAUCCCUCCCGUGCCAGCCCUAAACUCAGCACACUCGGCACCGCACAGCAGCCGCCAUGCACACCUUCCUGUCCCGCGUGAAUGCCGUGAGCGCCUUCAGUCUCAGCACACUGGCGGCGCUCACUUUCGGAUGUUUCGCCUCCACCUUCCUCAAGAAUUACAGUGCACCUGUUUCCAUAACCGCCGCUAAUAUUGUGCUGAAGAACGUGCCAGAGUACGCUGUGUCACGGGAGAAAAAUGACCUUGGGGCGCUGCGUUUUGACAUGAACUCUGACCUGACCCCACUCUUCAACUGGAACACCAAGCAGCUCUUCCUGUACCUGGUGGCCGAGUAUGAGACACAGAACAACAAGGUCAACCAGGUUGUGUUGUGGGACAAGAUAAUCCGACGUGGGGAAGCCUCUGUUGUGUCCCUCAAGAACCAACACCUCAAGUACUAUUUCUGGGAUGACGGGAAUGGCCUGCUGGGCCACAAGAAUGUCUCUCUCUCCCUUUCUUGGAACAUCAUCCCCAUUGCUGGCACGCUUCCCCUGUGGAGUGGCAGUGGGUCAUAUCGCCUAACGUUCCCUUCAGAAUAUACGCAGGGCAGGAGCUCCUAUUGAAGGGGUGGAUAGGGUGUAGAGGGACUGUUUGUUUCACCCUUCACUCUUGUACUCUCUCUUGCUAAUAUUCGCUCUUUCUCUCUCUCUCUAAUUUGUUGGUUUCCUUGUUUUUCUCUCUCAUUCUUUUGCUUUGGUUUGAGUUUUUCUUUCAAUCUUCUUUUUCUUGUCUCCAGUUUAUCUUUGUCUUUUCUUUUUUUUUUCUUUUUUUUUCAUUUCCUCCUCUAAUUUGUUGAUUCUUGUUUGUUUGUGUUCAUUUCUUCUAAUUUGUUGCUUUCUCCUUGUUUGUUUCAUAUUUUUUUUACUUCAUCAUUCCUUCUCUCUUUCUCUGUGUUCAUCUUUUUCUGUUUGUUUCAAUUUGUCAUUAUUCUCUACCUUUAUUCUUCAUUUAUCUUGUUAUUGUUAUUCCCAUUCUUGACUUUCUCUUUAAACUUUCCUUUUUUCUUCUUUUUUUUUCUCAAUUCCUUGUCACAUUUUGCUUCAUCUGCAUUUUCUUCACUCACUGUAAAUCUCUACCUUCCUCUAUUCUUUUUAUCCUGUUAUUCCUUGUUAUUCUCUCCCAAUUCUUAACUUCCUUUAAAUUUUCUUCUAUUUUUCGUAUUUUCUUAAUUUCCCACUACGUAAUUUUUUUCAUCACAUUACGUUUCUCAUCCUCUUCUUUUACAUCUUUCCUUCCCAAAUGUUAUCUCAUGCGUUUGUGUGUGCGUGCAUGUGUGUGUCUCUGUGUAUAUGUGUGUGUGACUGUGUGUUUGUGUGUGUGUCAAUGUGUACGUGCGUCUUGCUUCUGAACUACAGCACAACACUCGACUGAACCGCGACUUGCAUUGCAGAAGAGAGAAGAGAAAACACACACCUUUGAUAAGAGAACUAGUUGAAAGCAGGAUCAGGGACACUGCCAUGGGUGUAUAUGUUUGGAUUUGCACUUUUUUUUCUUCAUAUUUAUCUAUUUUUAUUCAUGUGUAGUUACUGAAAUGUUUAUUGAUUGAUUUAUUUAUUUUUUUUAUUUUUUUUUUCUUCCCAUUAUUGUUUUAUAUUUAGUCACCAUUAUUUAAAAGUUACUAAUUUUGUCUUUUAUUUUUUGGUUUAUAUUUAGUCAUUAUUAUUUCAGAGUUAUUAGUUAGUAGUGACUUGUAUUAAUCCAGAAUGUAAUGUAUUUAUUAUUAUUUAGUCAUUACCCACAUUUUUUUGCUAUUAUUUGUAUUUUGAAGUUAUAAAAUACAUCAUACACUCAAACUUACUACAUUAAAAACCCAAGUAAAUAUUCCCCCAGGAUGUAAUGUAUAUAUUUCUUAUUAUUAUUCCGUCAUUUGUAUGUUGAGGUUAUAAAAUACAUAUUAAACUCCUAUUAAAACCAAGUAGACAAUUUCAAACUUAAAAGACAAAUAGACGUCUCAAAGUAAUACCUAUACAACAAAUAAUAUUACCUGAAGGAGGAAGAAGAGGAGGAAUAACUUUAAGGUGGUGGUGGUGAUGGGUGUUCAAUUUCCUCUUGUUUAUUUAUACCACACUGUGUCCCAUAUGACGAGCCUCGGCAGGUGUAGUGAUGGGGAGAGGGGGCGUUGAUGGGCACAGCUCUGAAUGUCUGUCCUUCGCUAUCAGUGAAAUAAACGUGACUUUUCCUU